AUGUCCAAUGGAAUGAAGCAUCCAUGGCGGCGGUCGGCCUCCAAAAUGAGCAUCGUUUCAGCGACGAGCAGCGUGGAUGCCAAAUCAGUAACGGACCUAGAGGACAUAUUUAUGCACGCGGCUGAGUUCGGUGACGUGGAGACGGUACGUCGCAUGCUAACGGAGAGCCCGCACGUAAACGUUGACUGCGUCGAUACGCUGGGACGUAUUCCGCUACAGCUUGCGGUGAAAAACGACCAUCUCGAGGUUGUAGAGCAACUCCUGGACCGCUCCAGCAAACGUCACGUGAUGGAGGCGGUCAUGCAGGCCAUCAGCGCCGGUCAUGUGCUCAUUGCGGAGACCAUCCUUAAACACAAGCGUUACCUCGAGAUAUGGAAGGACCGGAAGAAGUUCGGGGAUGAUGACCACUUCUUCAAGACGCAGUUCGAGGAUUCUCAGUUCUCGCCGGACCUGACGCCCCUCAUCCUGGCGGCCCAGAAGAACCAGUUCGAGAUCGUACAGCUUCUGCUCAUGCGCGGCGACCGUAUACAGUCGCCGCACAAGUUCAGCUGCCAGUGUCAAGAAUGUGAGAACAAACGAAAGUUCGACCAGCUGAGAGCCGCUAAAUACCGUCUGAAUGCGUACCGUGGUCUGGCAAGUGACGCGUACAUAUCCUUGUCCAGCAAGGACCCGAUUCUUACAGCGUUUCAAUUGGCCAAGGAGCUCGGUAAUCUCGCCAAGGACGAGAAGUGCUUUAAGCAAGAGUACAGGGAGCUGCGGAAGCAACUUAGCGAAUACGUCGUCAAGCUUCUGGACCGCGUGCGCACGCACGAUGAACUCGAGCUCGUGCUCAACAAGACGGGCAAGCCUGGCGAGGACAGAUACAGCACACUGGCACGCCUUCGCCUCGCGGUUCAGUACCAGGAGAAAAAGUUUGUGGCUCAUCCAAGCUGCCAGCAACGUCUUGACAAGAGCUGGUUAGAAGGGAUUGACAGUUUUAAGAAAGCUGGAAUUUUCAAGAAAGUCUCCAUGGUGGCGAUGUUUUUGCUUGCAUAUCCGGUACUCAUCCUCAUAUACAUAGCUGCACCGAACGCAGAUAUUAAGGGCGUGCGGGCGCUCAAGUACCCUUGGAUCAAGUUCGCCGUGCACUCAAUAUCAUAUAUCGCCUUCCUGGUAAUGAUAGCCGUGUUUACCGUCGAGGCUACCAGCCACCACUCCCGCGACUAUACACUAGGCAACUUAUAUCCGGAUAUCUACCAGAAGUACAACGCAAUGCGCAACGUGUCUGCGCAGUUUCGUUUCGGCGAAGAUCUUCCGUUGCGACCCAUGUUACCAAGUCCACUCCAGUUGCUGAUUUCGAUCUGGAUUGCAGGUAAUCUGUGCCACGAAUGCGUUCAGAUUUACCAGGCCGGGUUUGACGCCUACGUCUCCUCGUUCUAUAAUAUCAUGGACUUUGCAAUCCUCGCCGUCUACGUCUGCUCGUUCACUCUCAAAUACGUCGCCAUGGUGAAGACGCCCGUGAUGCAGGUUCACAUUGCAAUACGGUACCUCGCUACAGCGGAGAUGGCGAACAUUGCUGCACAAGAUAUGAACUACACACAGUAUAGCCUUUACUGGAUUGUCGCAGACCGGUUUUACUGGCUGACAUGGGAUCCUAUCAACCUCUCCGAGGGGCUGUUCGCGGUGGCCAACGUGCUAACGUUCUCGCGCAUCUCCUACUUCCUGCCGGUCAACGCCGCCCUCGGGCCGCUACAAAUCUCCGUUGGCAGGAUGAUCAGGGAUAUCAUCAAGUGCCUGUGCCUGAUCACCAUGGUGCUAGUUGCCUUCGUGAUCGGCCUGCAGAACGUCUACUCGUACUACCACGUGCGGAGGACCAUCGAACUCAUCGAUCACAAGAUCAAACCGGAAGCGGAAGAAGCGUUUGGAGACAUUGUGAGCACGUUCCGAACAGUGUUCUGGUCGGUGUUCGGUCGCGGGGGGACAGAUGUGGUUCUGCUUGACCAGUACAACAACUACGUGACGGAGAAUUUCGGCAACUUCCUGUACGGCCUGUACAACGUCAUCAUGGUUACCGUGCUCAUCAACAUGCUCAUCGCCAUGAUGGCCCGCUCCUUCCAGGCUAUAGCGGAGGAAGCGGAUAUUGAAUGGAAGUUCGCGCGCAGUGUACUUUAUCUGGAGUACAUGAGUAACGGACAGGUACUUCCGGUACCUCUGAACCUAGCACGUAUUCCACGCGGUCUCCUUGAGUGGUUCUGCAUCCGCUGUGAUGUCACUGAGGAGAACCUCGAACCGCCUGUAGACCAUGAUAUAUACGGAAAUGACGUCACGAAUGUCACGCAUGGGCUCAAUAACGACGAGGCUUCGCCCGCACUUCCCAAGGCGCUCCGGAAAGAACCCUCGGCGGCUGCAUCGCCGGCUUCGAAAAGGCAAAGAAUUUCUUCGGCGGCGUCGGGCAUGUCGGCCUUUGGCAAGAAACUACACAGGAGGUCCACAGUUCGAAAGACCAGCCUGCCGGGAUCCGUUUCCGGCGUCAAUCAGUACCAGAAAGUUAUGCAACGGAUCGUGCAGCGAUACAUAUUUGACAUACAGAGGGAAGAGGAAAUUACAGAAGAUGACUUUAAUGGGAUCAAGCAAGACUUGAGUGGUUUACGCCACGAGAUGCUGAGCAUUUUGAACCGCCAGUCCCUCGUUGACGUCUUUGAUACGGCAUUCUCAACUAGACGACCAUCUAAAGACUACCUCGAGGACAUAAGCAAACGGAGAAGGUCCGCGAUGUCGAAACUGCGUAAUCUUCGUCUGGCCUCGCGGUUCUCAGGCUCGACAGACAGCAAGAGAGCAGAACAGGGGGAGGUAGACGAAAAUCUGGUGGUACAAGAAAACGAUGAAGACUUGAUCCCCGAGGAUCAGUUAGCAGACGAAGGCGACACUGAACACAACGGCGGAGCGGAGGAUGAUUUAGAGGAGGCCGACACUGAACACAACGGGGGAGCGGAGGAUGAUUUAGAGGAGGCCGACACUGAACACAACGGCGGAGCGGAGGAUGAUUUAGAGGAGGCCGACACUGAGUCGCAGACAGCAAAUUAUGGCCAUAUAAACAGACAGGGUUUGACAGAUGAAGCUGACGAUAAUAAUGAUCCAAAUGUUGAGGAUGAAUAUGUUGAUGAUGGAUAUCAAGAAAACCAGGACAACGAUUUCGAUGCGACGAGUGCAGGUGAUCUCUAUGGUCAGGUUAACGACGCCCUUUCGAAAGUUAAAAUCUACGAAUGAAUUAAAUAUAUAUGAGCUGCUUCAUGCGAAGAGACAAUUAGAAGUGAGACGCCAAAAAAAUUGCAUUGACAAUGCUAUUUAAGUUUUUAUUCUUUUUCUUUUUUGUGUGUUGUUU